UUUCGCUCUGCCUGAACUGUGAUGAGCUUAUCGCCAGGACAACACUGAACGCUUUGGGAAAUUAGAUUUGUCCACAUGGAACAACAACAACCUCCACCACCUCAAGGACAGGCUUAUGGGCAGCCACCACCACAGGGUUAUACACAGCCAGGACAGCAAGUAUCUGGUCAACCUGGAAUGCCACCACCUGUCCCAGGGGCACCUCCUAUGGGUGGUCCACAAUGGAUGCAAGCACCACAGGCCCCAGCUAACUGCCCCCCAGGAUUGGAAUAUCUAUCUAUGAUUGAUCAACUUCUUAUUCACCAGCAGGUUGAACUUUUGGAAGCAUUUACAGGUUUUGAAACAAACAACAAGUAUGAAAUUAAAAACAGUAUGGGACAAAGGGUUUAUUUUGCUGCAGAAGAUACUGACUGUUGUACACGACAAUGUUGUGGUUCAGCUCGUCCUUUUGAUAUGAAAGUUCUUGACAAUCAACAACGAGAAGUUAUUCAUCUUCAUAGACCACUGCGAUGUUCUUCUUGUUGGUAUCCAUGCUCUGCUGUCAUCGAAGAUGACCCAGCGGAGCUUUUGGUUUUGUCAACUGAUGGUGCCACUCAGGUUGGUAAGAUAUCUAAACAAUGGUCUGGAAUGGUCAAGGAAAUGUUCACUGAUGCUGAUAACUUUGGUAUUACAUUCCCAAUGGACUUAGAUGUGAACAUGAAAGCUGUCAUGUUAGGAGCUUGCUUUUUGAUUGAUUUCAUGUUCUUUGAGAAGAGUGGUAACAAAGAUGACCAGAGAGGUGUUGGAUUUAAUAUCACAGUUAGAAGUAAUAUUGUUGUGGUGAAGAGCCUCAUCGGCUAUUUGGAUACUAUUGACAGUCCAGCUACUGAUCCAAAGACAGCAUAUGAAGUUCUUUGCAGAGCAUGUUCUAUUAGAGAUAAGUUUGGGGAUGCUGGUCUUAAGGAGAUUGCUAUUCAGGGUGGUGUUAUUGCAGAGGGAUCAUUAGACAGAACACUGGCUGGGAAGAACUACAAUAGAGCAAUUCGUUUGCAUACAAUAACAUAUGGAGCUCUCAUGAGGUUACUGUUAGAUGCAUUUGAAAAUUCAAUUUCUGAUGAAGAUAAUGAUAUCCUGCAAUAG